AUGGCGCAUGCGGCAACGGCAGCCCUCGCCGGGCUGCCACUCGCGCCGUUGCGGCUGUCGAGCUGCUUGCGCAGCAGCAGGGCGCAGACCCUAAGUAGCCACCGCGGCGUGCCCAGGGUGCAGCGGUCGGGGCUCAGGGUGCGGGCGGUGGCGGAGGCGGAGCGGCCGCCAGCGGAGCGCACCACUGAUGGCGGUGCGGGCGGCACCUCCAUCACCGUGGACAACUCGGAUGCAGCCUCCACCAUCAUCACCGUGCAGGGCACCAACCGCCCAGGUGUGACGUACAUCAAGGAGGUGGACCCCAAGCGCAUCUACUACCUCUCCAUGGAAUUCCUCAUGGGCCGCUCCCUGCUUAAUGCGCUCAACAACCUGGAUGUGAAGGAUCAGUACACGGAAGCCAUCGAGGAGCUGGGGUACAAGCUGGAGAAGCUGGUGGAGCAGGAGCGCGACGCGGCGCUGGGCAACGGCGGGCUGGGCCGCCUGGCCGCCUGCUUCCUGGACUCCAUGGCCACCCUCAACCUGCCCGCCUGGGGCUACGGCAUACGCUACCAGUACGGCAUGUUCCGCCAGCGCUACCAGCGCGGCAUGUGUUCCGCCAG